AGAGAGCCAAACACCUGAAACAUCAACACACACCUGGCGCCUGGACGCAGGAUUUGGGCGAUACGCAUGGACAAAGGCACAAUGAAGCGCAAGCAGCGUAGAUACAGAACCACCUUCAACACGCUACAGCUGCAGGAGCUGGAGCGCGCCUUUCAGCGCACCCAUUAUCCGGAUGUGUUCUUUCGCGAGGAGCUGGCCGUGCGCAUUGAGCUGACGGAGGCGCGCGUUCAGGUCUGGUUCCAGAAUCGACGCGCCAAAUGGCGCAAACAGGAGAAACUGGGCCCCGCUGGCGACUACAAGGACGACGCUCCGCUCGAGCUGGAUGUGGCGUUCGAUGAUAGCGCCGUGUUGGGGCAGCUGGACAGCGCCUUGGCUGGCGGCGGCACCUUGCUGCCGGAUACGCCGCCGCAGUCUUCCAAUUCGCUGGACAACGAGCUGAAGGCGCCUUAUGGCACGGGCGGGCUCUCGCCCUCCCGGCUGUCGCCGAAUAUUUUUCUCAAUCUGAACAUUGAUCACCUGGGACUGGAGCGCGGCGGCAGCGGUCUGUCCAUGGAGUGGUCCACCUACCCGCCGUCCACACAGCCACAGCAGCAGCAGCAACAGUUGCAGGAGUCGCAGCAGCAACAGUUGCCGGAGUCGCAGCAGCAACAUGUCUGCACGCUGCAGCAUCAGGCGCUGGCGAGCGCCUUUGGCGCCUCACUCGACCUGGACAUGAACGAUGGCUGCUCGGCCUACGAUGAGAUGAAGUUUCUCAGCGUCGAUCAGUUUACGAUCGAUAGCUUCAAGGCGGACUGCAUACUCAGCAUGGAGCAUGACGCUUCCGCCGCCUCCGCCUCCGCCGCCGCCUGCCACUCUGCUGCCUUUGAGGCUCAGUCUCUGGCCACGGACAAUGCUGCACUGCAUUCACUUUGCCUGGACAGCAUGAGUCUCGCGCCCAACUUUGGCGGCCUCUCGCUGCUCUCCGGCCAACUGACGGACGAUGUCACGUCCGCAGAGGCGUCACCCAAGUCGCCGCCAUCGCUGCUGGUGCUGGACAAGACGCUGCCCUCGCUGAGCAUCGGUGUGGAUGGCAUCAGUGAGCUGGUCGAGCAGCUGCAUCAUCAUCAACAUCAGCUCAAUCCUCAUCAUCAUCUCAAUCAUCAUCAUCAUCAUCAUCCACACGAUGUCGGGGUCGGCGGCAGCGAUGCAGUCUAACCGGAACAUUUUUAUUUACCUAGACAAAUUCUAAGCAUAGUUUAAUGUUGUACGACUCUAGCUAUAAUCCGGGCCGAAUACUCUUUAUCACAUGGAUGGGAUUUGACUUAAGCUCACCUGAAUAAAUGGCCAAAAAGUUGUUAA